UCUAUCGGCAUUUCGUUUUACCCUAGUUAUAAACGUGCUUUGUUUUUUUUUUAACAAAAUGAAAGCCGUUUUGUGUGUGGCAUUGAUAAUUAUGGUAACAAACUUCGCUGCUGAUGCAGCUAGGUUGAACCACCCGCGCGUAUUGUUGCCAAUUUUCGAGGAGAAAGCCAUUAACUUCACUUUAGAAGUCGACGAGCCCAACUGCUACAAAUGGUCAUCCUCGCGACAAGACCUAAUAUCCGUCAUGCCCAUCUACAAUGGAUUCAGCGAAUGUGCAUACCAGGCCGUUGUAACGGUUCGCACCCACGAGCGCCGCAGGAACACGGCAAUCGUCUUUGCAGAGGAGAUGCAAACGGGCGAAACGUUACGAUCCGACGUGAUUGUAGAUGCCGUCGCCAGCCUUAAUGUGCGCACAGCAACCAGGCAGCUUUAUCUGGAGGAGGCUCCUGCCAUGUUCGAGUUGCACGCUUUUGAUGAACAGGGCAAUGAGUUUUUCACUUUAGAGGGCAUUGAGUUUGACUGGGAGAUUUCGGAGCCCGGCAGCAACAAGCCCGCUGCGAUGCGCUACCUUACCUUCACGGACAGCCCCUACCACACUGUGCCGUCCGCUCUGGAAAAGUUUGAGGCGGACGGCACCAAGGGGUAUAUGAUCCUCCUAGAGGGCAUCAAUACGGGCACCGCUAAAGUGACCAUUGCCAUGCCCCAGGCUGAAUACCGGCACGUGCGUCCUAUAGAAGUUUACAUCAGCGUCCUGGCCAACAUAAUUAUCGAGCCCUCUGAGGUCGCCAUCCUUGCCGGUGACUCGGUUUCAUUUCGCAUCUUGCAGCUGAAGAUGGACCGCCUGCAUGUUAUUGAUAACAUGCAGUAUUAUUUAGAGGUAGAGGACGCCAGUGUUGCCUACUUACGGGGCAACAGUGCCACAGGAGUGGCUGUGGGCCGCACUCAGGUUUUUCUGCGUGACCGCAACAUGGCGGACUCGGAUACGACUGCCAAAGGACCCAGCGCCCUAUUGACGGUCGCGGAGCCUGUCAGGCUAGGUAUCAGCUUGCUUCCUCAUCUAAAUUGGGUCACAGUUCAGGGAGAACAUCACGAGAUUGCUUUGGACUUAUUUGCCGCCGACGGGCAGAAAAUAACUUUGGGCAGCCGGUAUUCUAUUAGUUCAGAGAUCGACGAGUCCUUAUUCUCCAUUGUUCAACGGACUCGAAACGGAAGCCGUCUAUUUGGCGAAGCAAGAAAGGAGGGCAUAACUGAGGUGUACGGGUCAUACAAAGACUUGUCAGUGCAAGCUGAACUUCAGAUCUUUGAAGAGCUUCAUCUGAUGCCAACCAAGGUGGUGCUGCCCUACGAUCCAAACAGCGUUAAACCAUUAAAGCUGCAGUUUCAUGCUUCAGGCGGAGAUAACAAUUACGCUUGGUACUCCGGAAACCCGCAAGUGCUCCAGAUAGAUGCGCAGGGCCUGGCCACAACCGAGAUUCGAGACGUUCGAAAUUCCUUCGUGCCCCAGGGGGUGGAUGGUUCAUUCGCUGCCCAGACCACUGUCAAGGUGGCGCUGACCAAGAACCAACAAAUCUCCCGUCUUGCGCAGAUUUACUUCCUGCCCCCCUACCGCCUCCAAAUUAAACGAAGCAACUUCGAGACCGCUCUUAAGGAUUAUGUGCACGUGCACGUGGGAGUUUACGCUCGGAUUAACAAUUCUGACGUCCCAUACACAAGUUGCGAAAACCUCCACUUCCAGCUUGAUUUAAGUCAACCCAUUCUUCAGCUAGAGAGCAAUGAGGAGCUCAAGGAGAUAGUCCCUGAAGCGUGCCGCGUGCUGCGGUUGCGCGCCACCGCUGUGGGCAGUACCUCGCUGCGAGUUUCAUAUACUUUCCAAGACAAAGUGCUUCACGACACCGUUGACAUCUACGUUUUUAAACCUCUGGUUGUGCUUAAUCCUCUGCAUAACGAGGUAGUGCUUCCCGUCGGGUCAUCUCGCAAUGUGAUCUACACUCACGGACCGCAACGUAUUUUUACCAUGGCGGCGGAGCUCACCAAGUCAACAGCUUUCGAUGACAAAGUUAUUUCUGUGGCUGAGCUAGAGUUCGACCCACAAAAUGGUAUUACAGCGUUCACCGUGCUGUGCCGCAAGCUGGGCGAGACAACGUUUACUUACCGAGUGCACAAUAGUCUGACUACGGCCAGCUUUGCCGUCUACCGAUCAGAGGUUACCACAAAGGUUUACUGCGUCCGCCCACGCUUCUUGAAGCUUUACGCACGCCACAACCUUCGUGAGUCCUGUCCCUUGGAACAGCGCUCUUCACUUCUUUUCCUAAAAGACCGCGAAAACAAAUUUGAGAUUGAGAUUGAAGUUCAGGAUUCAAACAACCGAAGACUUAUGAAUGUCAGCUCUCUGUGGCUAGAAUGGGAGUUCGUCGCGGGUGAAAAGCGCUAUCGCGAGGACAUAAUGUCCCGGCAGGUCUCCGAGCUGGAGUUCGUUCACGGAGUUGGCCUGCCUAAUCGGGAUCUUCUCGUUUUGACUUUAAACGAGGUGGCGCCUAACUUCCGCAUUAAGGGCACUGUGUUACACUAUAACGACAAUCUGCUUGCCCAGCAAGAUAUACACGCAGAGCGCCCGGCUUUCGGAGUCCAAAACCCAAAGACUGGGUUAGUAAGCACGCCCCUUAUCGAAAAUGAGGUCCGAUUCCACACGGUCAACAGUACGCUGUUGCCAAAGGACCACGUGAGCAUCUUGCUAGCAGCGGGACACAGUGAAAAUAUACCCAUCGCCCAGGGCAGCGGCUACCUACAGCUGGACUUGUCCGAGGAGGGGAUCGUACAGGCCGAAUAUGAUGAGAAGACCCGCAUACUUAAGGUAACACCUCUGCGUUUCGGCCACGUGCGUCUGGAGCUGUUUGACCGCUGUUUAACGACCGAGCCGAGCCAUCUGUCCAUCUCCGUUGUGGGAAUUGGAGCCAUUGAAGUAACAAGCAUGGACCGGUUGGAACGCACUACACGCAUCGAGGCGAUUGUCAGACUUUUUGACACGAACGAUAACCCCUUGGAAGUGGAUCGCAGCAGUCUAAGUGUAUACGAUUUAUCCGAGGAGGUUUUGGACCAAAGUAUUUUGAGCGUGCGGCUAGGGGAACAACAAAACUUGAGGUCGGGAGAGAUUCGUUACACCAUAACGGGCAAUAACGUUGGUGAGACCAAAAUAGUUUUUAAGGCCGGCAAGGGCUCUUUGCAAGUGGCAACUGAGCCACUCAAUGUUCAGGUCUUUGCUCCAAUUCGUCUAUAUCCUCGCGACUCCACUCUUGUGAUUGGAAGCAGCGUACAGAUUUUUUAUCAGGGUGGCCCGCAGCCAAACACCAACAUGAUAUACAUAUUGGAAAAGGAGGAAGUGGCAACUAUAAGGUCCUCUAUUGUAACGGCUCACAGCCUAGGGACCAGCAAGAUUGUUGGCAAGUGCCUUGUAAAAAACCCAAUAACUGGAAAGGAUGAGGUGGUAUCCCAAGACUCGGUGGAAGUCUCGGUUGUUGCCCUCACAGGAGUGCAGAUACGGACGCCGCUGGUGCGGAUUCGCAGCGGUGCCAUUAUGCCCGCAACUUUGUGGGGUCAUUCUGACUUGUCGCCCAUGGUGCUGGGUACCUUGCAAAAUAUCAAAAUCUCUUGGAAAGUCAACCAACCUCAGGUGGUUGAAAUAUUUAACGUCUUCACGGCGGCGGGAAUCGAGUACCAAAGUGAGGACUUAAUUUCUGUUCGAGUACGAGCUCUGAAUCCUGGAAAGGUUACAAUCACAGCAUCUGUAAGUUUAAUGGACGGGACAAUGCUGCCACCAGCUACCGUAGAGCUUAUAGUUUUUAAAACUCUGGAGCUGGUUGCACCAAAACCUAUUAGAAUGGAUUCCAUUUUGGCAGCUCCAAGGAGCACGGUCCAGCUUAAAUCUAAUAUAGACGAUGCGGUCUUCAAAAUGGAUAGUCAGAGCAACGGUGUUGUCAACGUAACACCAGAUGGCCUUGUUCACACUAAAGACACACUUGGUCGUGAUCUAGUAAUCGCCAAAACAGCGGACCAAACUCUACCAAUCGGAAUCGAAGUAAAGAAUGUCCAAUACAUUUUGGUUACGCUUUUACCAAACCUUAAGUUUAGAAAGGUCGAACACAAGGUUCCCCGUGGUAUGAACUUCGUGCUUAAAGUAUCACUCCAUGACAAUUUGGGCAACGAGUUUUCCCAUAGCAUUGAAGAUGCAAACGGCCUACGGUAUGAACUGGCCACGAGGGAUGUCGUUGAUGUUCAAAUAGAAAAUAAUCUGACAAUUGUGCUGAACCUGCAGCGUGAAACCAACAAUGUCAUCGCCAUCAGUCUAAAGGACCCAACUGGCGUCAAACACGCAGAAGACUACGUCAAGCUUUCAGUAUUGGACUCCGAGAACAUUUUUCCCACCAAGACAAUUUUCUCUGUCGGUGACAUCAUUUGCUUCAAUUCACCCCUAACGUUGUCGUCGAUUUGGAGCAGCUCAAAUGAGCAGAUUGUUUCGGUUAAUAAACACACAGGUAUUGGCCGUGUGUUAAACCAUCGGCAGAAGCUGAGCGAAAAGGUAGAAAUAUUUAACGGCGACGAGACAAAACGCGGCGGGUUCAUUAAGUACGACUUGGAAGUUCGCGAGUCGGAUGCGAUUGUCUUUGCCAAGUCUUUGGACAUAUUCAGCGGACCGGAAUACCGGGGGCAGUUGGUUCUCCGUAACCACUUGCAGUCCGACAAGUACAGUAACCUCAUUGCACAAAACGUUUCAAAGUGUGCCGGGCAGCUUGGUAGCCUGCCAGUGGAUAUCUUUACAUGUCGCUUAGCGGCAAAGGAGGUACUCGGUCGCCAGCUGCUAAAAUUGUACAAAGUUGAGGCCAUGUUCGAUGCUAGUGUCGGGCAGUAUAUCUGUCGACUGGAAUUGCUUUCCAGCUUCAUUGAAUUGCUGGCCAUUGUCAAGACAAACGACGUCUAUUUGGAGCUAGAGGCGGUCAUGCCAAACGGAAUGUUGGAUAAGAUGUCAUUGAAAUUAGUACCCGGUAUCAAGGUGAUGCCCGAAUCAGUCCGAGUUACUGAUUUAAAGCCGCAGGAGUUUCAUAUAAGUGGACUGGACAAGGCGUUGCAUAAGGUUCAGGUAAAACCUUCUGAUUCAAAAUACUUUGCUGUGGAUUUCAUUGAGCAUGGACAUGGUAUAAGCAAAUACCGUUUGCGAUUCUUUGAAGACUUUCCGCUGGAUGAAACCUUUUACGUUCUUGUUGUAUCACCGGACACUGAGCAGAGCAUCGAGGUACCUAUUGUUGGCAGCACAAUGUUGGCCCAAAAAUGCGCAGGCCGGCCAUAUGGAGGCCCCUUGGUGUACAGAUUGUUGGAGAAUCUUGGCUUUGUACUAACCACCACAGUGAUUGUAAUUUUUUCUAUCUGGGUGUACAUGUCUUGCUUCCAGACUCAGGGCGUCACGCAAGUCAACUCUGAGGUAUUCCAAAAAAAGAAAUCGAUUCCUUCUUUGAGCGGUUCUCCAAGAUCAAUGCAUCAGGAAGACGCGAUUAGUGAUUCCUUUCACUUGCGAAGCUUUUCUCCAGGUCGACGAAGUCCGCAAUCAGUUUCCACAUCGGAGGCCUAUGUUUACGGUCACCCAAGGUUAAAUUCUCCGAACAGAUCUGGCAACUCUAGUCGCUUUAAUUAGUUAAUUUCUAUACAUAUAUAUACCUAGUUUUAAGCCUUGUGCCAAUCCUUCUCGGCCCUUUUGUAUCAUAUAUUAAAACUAACUCAGGGUUUAAUUGUAGGACAAGUUGUUGUUACAUUAUUGUGCAGUUGCAGACGAAAUGCAUAUAUAAGAAAUACUUUUAAGUUCGAGCUGUAGCAAGACCAACACGAUUUCCGAACAGGCACAAAACAAUACAUUGGUUAAUACACAGAACUGAAUAAAGAAAUACGGGAACAAGUCCUGCGCAUUUA